AUGUCUACCGCGGUACACUCGAAUGGGGACGGCGCCGAUGUGGAGGCCAUCAACACCAACAUUGUGACCCUUACUAGGUUCUUGACGGAAGAGCAAGUAAAGGUCAAGGAGGCAACAGGAGACUUCACACUUCUCUGCCAUGCCCUGCAGUUCUCCUUCAAGUCAAUCGCCUACUACAUUCGACGGGCAACACUUGUCAACCUCACCGGCCUGGCCGGGUCCUCCAACACGACGGGCGACGAGCAGAAGAAGCUCGAUGUCAUCUCCAACGACCUCUUCAUCGCCGCGAUGCGAUCCUCGGGCAAAUGUGCCCUGCUGGUCUCAGAAGAGGAGGAGAAUAUCAUCUUCUUCAAGGAGAACAAGCAGGCCAGGUAUGCGGUGGCGUGCGACCCAAUUGACGGCUCGUCCAACUUAGACGCCGGCGUGUCGGUCGGCACCAUCUUCGCUAUCCACAAGCUGGCCGAAGGAUCGACGGGUACUAAGGAGGACAUCCUCAAGCCCGGCACCGAGCUGGUGGCGGCCGGGUUUACCAUGUACGGUGCCUCGGCCCAGCUCGUCAUCACGAUGAAAGGCGGCAGCGUUAACGGCUUCACGCUGGAUAACGGCGUAGGCGAGUUCAUCCUGACCCAUCCAGACAUGAGGCUGCCCAAGUCGCGGGCCAUCUACUCGGUCAACGAGGGCAACUCGCUGUACUGGGAGGACAACGUCAAAGACUACUUCAACUCGCUCAAGCUGCCGCAGGGCGAUGACGGCAAGGGCAAGCCCUACAGCGCACGGUACAUCGGGUCCAUGGUGGCCGAUGCAUACCGCACACUGCUGUACGGUGGUAUCUUCGCCUACCCUGCCGACAAGAAGAGCCCCAAGGGCAAGCUGCGAAUCCUGUACGAGUGUGCGCCCAUGGCUAUGGUGUUUGAGAACGCUGGCGGACAGGCUCUCAACAGCAAGAUGGAGAGGAUGCUCGACGUUGUCCCAGAAGAUAUUCAUGACAGGUCAGGAAUCUUUAUGGGCAGCUGGGAUGAAUGCGAGAAGGUCAAGAAAUUCCACAAGUAA